AUGAUCCACAGGACGGCCUCAUCACGGAGGCGUCGAGCCUCCAGGAGCGCCGCCACAUCACCGCACCGGAACAACAAUAGAAGGCCAAGCACGAUCCCGACUUCCGCAGGAGAGCAGAGGCAGAGGCGGGCAUCCAUCGCUGUGCCUGAGGAUACUUCGCCAACCGAAUUCGUCACGAUCACAGCAGCUGAUGACGACUCAGACCAGGAGAUUGAGGAGUACGACCGGAGCCCUCGGAACAGUCUUGUGCCCGAUGUUGAUAGGACACCCCGCAGGAGCCUUACCCCGGAAAUAUUUAACAGGAGUCCGAGGGGAAGUCUGGUACCAGAGUUCAACCGCAGCCCGCGAAACAGUAUCAUCCCAGACACCAGAGGUUCGAGAGCCAACCUCCUACAGGAGCCUCAAGGAUUCUCUAGAUCUCCAAGAGGUAGUCUUUGCCCAGAUGCCGAACUAUUCAGCAGAUCGAGGACCUCUCUAGUUCCAGAAGAUUUUAACCGAAGUCCUAGGAACAGCCUUGUACCGGAAUAUAACCGAAGUGCCCGCAACAGUUUAGUGCCUGAUGUCAGUCCUUCGAGGAGUCACAGGAAUAGUCUCGUGCCAGAUGUAAGCCCUAACAGGAGUCCAAGGGGCAGCAUCGCCCCUGAUCCGGGCCGCAGCCCUCGAGGUAGCAUUUGUGUAGUUCCUGAUGCCAACCGCAGCCCUAGAGGGAGUAUAGCUCCUGACCCAAACCGAAGCCCACGAGGUAGUAUAGCACCAGAGACGAAUCGGAGCCCAAGAGGGAGUAUAGUGCCUGAGACCAACAGGAGUCCAAGAGGAAGCCUCGUCCCAGAGCCGAACAAGAGUCCCCGAGGAAGCAUCGCAUCAGAUACGACCUUCAACCGAAGCCCGAGGAACAGCCUGCCCCUCCAGGAGAGUCCCUCCAUGAGGAGCCCAAGGGGCAGCAUCGGAUCAGGCAGCCUUCAGGACAACAGGAGCCCCAGGGGAAGUGUCGACAUUCCCUUACCAGGUAGUGUAUUAUUUAUUUUAUUAUGA